GGACCGGCUUUGGGGGGAGGCGGGGACGUGACGUACUCAGCAGAGGAGGCCAACCAUUGGUCGAGUGGAGUGUCAUUCUGGCGCGCCGCUGCAGAUGGACAGGCCACUCGAUGAAUAUGGAUGAGAGCAGUGAAAAGGGUGAUGCGGCAGGGAAGACCCCCCUCCUCCUCCUCCUCCUCCUCCUCCUUCACACCGAUGCAGGCUCGAACAAUGCGUGCCGUCUUUCACUGAAAACACUGAGAGCCUGCAUUAGCAUUUUCGCAGACAAUUGAAGCUGCGGCCAGCUGCUGGCAUGGCUCGGACGCUGCGGUGAAAUCCCUUCUUCCGCACACCCGCCGAUGAAACAGUGGAAAAAAGGUCGACUGGCCGCAUUCCUCAACACUACGGUUGCACCUAUGCCCAGGCAGAUGUUAAGAUCCCCUUUAGAGAUUGCGCCCCGGCAUUGAUGGCGAUCUGACACUGGACGUGAGAAGCAGCAGAUCUCAGAAUGGAGGAGGGUGAGUACUUCCUGAAGGUGCUGAUCCCCAGCUAUGCAGCCGGCUCUAUAAUUGGCAAGGGCGGCCAGACCAUUGUACAACUACAGAAAGAGACGGGUGCCACCAUUAAGCUGUCCAAAUCCAAAGACUUCUACCCAGGAACAACAGAGCGUGUCUGUCUGAUACAGGGUACAGUCGAAGCUCUCAAUGGUGUCCACAACUUCAUUGCAGAGAAAGUCCGUGAGAUGCCUCAGAGUGCCCAGAAGCCGGAACCAGUCAGCAUACUGCAACCGCAGACCACGGUCAACCCUGAUCGUAUCAAACAGGCCAAAUUGAUCGUGCCCAACAGCACAGCUGGGCUGAUUAUUGGCAAGGGAGGCGCCACAGUCAAAGCGGUGAUGGAGCAGUCAGGGGCUUGGGUGCAGCUCUCCCAGAAGCCGGAGGGCAUCAACCUGCAGGAGCGAGUGGUAACAAUCAGUGGUGAGCCCGAACAGAACCGCAAGGCAGUGGAGAUCAUAGUGCAAAAGAUCCAGGAGGACCCUCAGAGCAGCAGCUGCCUCAACAUCAGUUACUCCAACGUCUCCGGCCCAGUCGCUAACUCCAACCCCACCGGAUCCCCCUACGCUAACACAGCCGAGGUGCUGCCCAACGCAGCCGCAGCAGCUGCGACUGCCUCCAGCCUUCUGGGUCAGGCCGGCUUAACGGGAAUGGGUGCCUUCCCCGCCGCCAUGUCGAGCUUCUCCGGCAACGACCUGCUGGCCAUCACGUCAGCGCUCAACACACUGGCCAGCUACGGCUACAACACCAACACCUUGGGCCUGGGCCUUAACCCCGCAGCUGCCUCUGGUGUCCUUGCCGCAGUAGCGGCUAGUGCCAACCCGGCUGCAGCCGCCGCAGCCAACCUCCUAGCCUCUUAUGCUAGCGAUGCCUCCGGCAGUGCCGGCCACCCUGCGAGCGGCCUCGGUGGCUUCUCCCUAGGUUCUCUUGCAGCUGCGACAGGGGCUUCCAACGGGUACCUAAACGCUUCAUCCCCACUGAUGGCCUCUUCCCUAUUAGCAACAGAGAAGCUCGCAGACGGAGCCAAGGACGUGGUUGAAAUUGCCGUACCCGAGAAUCUGGUUGGCGCCAUUUUGGGGAAAGGAGGCAAAACGCUGGUAGAAUACCAGGAGCUAACAGGAGCCCGCAUCCAGAUCUCUAAAAAGGGAGAGUUCAUUCCUGGUACUCGGAACCGUAAAGUUACCAUAACAGGGUCGCCAGCCGCUACGCAAGCAGCGCAGUAUCUGAUCAGCCAGCGGAUCACCUACGAGCAGGGCGUGCGAGCUACCAACCCACAGAAAGUGGGUUAAAAAAGAAAGAAAGGAGGAAGAAAAGAAAGGAAAGGAUGAGGACGGAGCUAGAGGGGAAUUCUAUAAAGGGUCAAAAUGAGGAAAAUGUCCAAAUAUUUAAUAUUUCAGAAUCAAAUGAGAGGAUUACAAAGGAGGAGGAGGGGGAGACGCCGAAGACAAAGUGUGUGUGAUAUUUGAAUGUUUUAGGACUGACAACGUCCUGAUGUUUUUUAAAAAAGUUUGUGUCCAGUCCUUUUUUUGACGAAGGUUAUCAAGAGUGAGCUGAACUGGUCCACUGCCAAGCUGCAGAUUCAAAGGGGUUGAAGCCACGUGGUUUCACCCUUCCUCUAAAACCUCAUAGAUGAGUUUGUUUUUUAUUGUUAUUAUUGUUUUUCUUCUUUUUUUUUUGCUUAGUUGAAUAGUUUUAAUGUAAGUUGCAGACCUCAGCUCCCGGUGAGUUGAAUGUGUCCAGCGAGGUUCCAGCUAACUAAUGGGGCUCUUUCACAAGUCUUUCUCUUUGUACACAAUGUGCAAGGCGAUCUUUAAAGGGUUGGGGGGGUGGGGGGGCGCUUGGGUGGGGGUUGGGUAAAAACCACCUCCAAAUAAUUUCCUUAAAGAAAUCUACACAUUUUUUUUUUGAAAUCUUAUAUAUAAUUGAAGUUUCAAAAUUUGGGUAUUUUAUAUUUUUAGCCAUUAUUUAUUGAUAUGAUCUGAUCAAAUAGAGUAUUUAAACCUGCAAAUGCAGGUUGAUCUGAAUGUAAAAAAAAAAAAGAUUAGCCUAUCGAUAUUUUUUAUUUACAGUGAUCAAAUGUCUCGCAGUGAAAGAAAUGUACAAGUCCGGUCGGAACUUCUUUGCGGUCGUGGUCUGCGAGGAUCCUUCUGGGGUUCAAGAAUCCAUGUGAGAGGGUAGAGGAGACACAUAGGAAUGUAUAAAUAUAUUUAACAUGAACACACAUAGCUAACGCGCCUACAAAUGCACAAAACAUGAUUCAUUCAUUGUGACAAACACUCCAAAAAGAAUACAAACUUUCUUGGUGCUACAGGAUUCGAUAUAAAAAUCUUCCCCAUUGGAAAAAAUCACACUUGAUUUAAAAAGGCUGACUUUUAGAGCCAUUCGGAAUGGGGGUGGGCGAGCAAAAUCAAGUCUUUUUUUUAUCUACAAAUCAAUUUCUGAGCAAAUCAAAACAAACCACAAAAGAAACCGCCAUUUUGUCCCCAUUCAAAUCCUUCAAAAGCCCUCCUGUGUCCAAGAACUUACGAUCCAAAUGCCUACAAAUGUAAUUGUACCACACAGACUACGCAGGUAUCAACAUGGACACUUACACACUAAUAUGCCUGUAAAACAAUAGUACUUUAUGCUAAUGUAUAACCCGCAAAGCAUGCCGGGUAGGCCACACACUCAACUUCCCCUAGUAACUUACCCAGCGUGCCUUGCCAUGUCCAAAUAUUUCCGAAUCUUCAUGCCCCGUUUUCCGCUAUACAAUGCGUAUACCGCAAAACAAUGCUAACUUUAUGCUAAUUUAUAACCCGUAAGGCGUGCUCACGCUUUCCCCAACUGGAAGUUACACCGUCUGCGUCACGUGCGUCUCAUUGAUUGUUUUUCCGCUAUUCGCAGGCGGUUGUAUUCGUAAAAAACAAUAUGACUUUAUGCGAAUGUAUAACCCGCAAGGCAUGCUGGGAAGCCCGCAAUCACACAUUUCCCCAGUUACUCAGAUGACCUCCUGUCGUUUGUGUCGGUGGCAAAAUGGUUAAAAAGGUUUCUGUGCAUCGCAGUGACUCCUUUUGACACCUUUGUACUUGCUAAACAAUAGGACUUGAUGCUAAUGUAUAACCCGCAAAGCAUGCCAGGUAGGCCACACGCUCAACUUGCCCUAGUUACCCAGCGUGCCUUACCAUGUCCAAAUAUUUCUGAAUCCUCAUGACCCGUUUUCCGCCAUUCACGGCUGGUUAUAUUUGCAAAACAAUGCUAACUUUAUGCUAAUUUAUAACCCAUAAGGCAUGCUCACGCUUUCCCCAACAGGAAGUUACCCUAUCUGCCUUACUGCGAGCUCGGGCGGUGUUUAUAUUUGACGACCUCCAACAAAAUAUUUCUAAAUUGUCACAUGCGUCUCAAAAACAAUAUGACUUUAUGCAAAUGUAUAACCCGCAAGGCAUGCUGGGAAGCCCGCAAUCACACUUCCCCAGUUACACAGAUGACCUGUCGGUUUGUGUCGGUGGCAAAAUGUUUAAAAAGGUUUCUGUCCAUCGCAGUGACUCCUUUUGACAUUUUUGUACUUGCUAAACAAUAGGACAUAAUGCUAAUUUAUAACCCGCAAGGCAUGCUGGGAAGCCCGCAAUCACACUUCCCCGUUACACAGAUGACCUGUCGGUUUGUGUCGGUGGCAAAAUGUUUAAAAAGGUUUCUGUGCAUCGCAAUGACUCCUUUUGACACCUUUUUACUUGCUAAACAAUUGGACUUGAUGCUAAUUUAUAACCCGCAAGGCAUGCUGGGAAGGCCACAAUCACACUUCCCCUGUUACGCAGAUCACAGAUGACCUCCUGUCGGUUUGUGUCAGUGGCAAAAUGUUGAAAAAAUUUUCUGUGCAUCGCAAUGAUGCAAUUUAUAACCCGCAAGGCAUGCUGGGAAGCCCAAACAAAAUAUUUCUAUUAUUUUUUUGCCAUUUCCAGGUGGUCUGAGAAUGCAUCCCCCAAUAGUUGGCAUAUAUACUGUAUAAAAAUAUUACUAUCAACAAUAUAAACAUAUUUUUGAUCGAUCCGCCCACCCCAAAUGAGUAGCCUGGAAGAUGUGGUCUACGCUCUCACAUGAUGAAAUCCAGUUUUAAGGUCUCACGCCAACCCUUACUUCCCUUAAAAAAAAAAAAGAGUUAAAUUCACUAACAAAGAUUUACCGAUAUAUCCCGAUAUCAACAUCCAUUGUUCGAUCGCAAGUCGUAAAUCGUGCAUUUGGCGAUAAAGAAGCCGUAAUAACCAGUAUCUGUGAACUAACAGAACUUGCCUUUACACCAAAUAGACAUCCUCGAAAGAAAGGGAAAAUAAACUGACACUUGAAAAAGAAGUUUUGGUCACAGUUUCUCUGUGAGCCAUCCUUCUGCAUUUCCAUCAAGACACACAAACAAGAGUUGCCCGGAUUCAUCCAGGCAACCUUUUUAUUAUCCAUCCCAAAACAUGUGACUCAUCACUAACAUUGGGACGAGCGUACAAUAAAGCAUCAGAGCUGAUCUAUUGCAAUCACUGUCGUUUCAUGGAUAAUAGUCGUUCUCAUGUAGGGGAGGGAUUUUCCGAGCACUCCCAAGAGUACCUUGGCCUUCCCCUUGUGUGCUGCUAUCCAUUUGCGUUCAUUCGAGUACACUACCAAGAAUGCACUGUGAGACAUUAAAGAACACAAUGCAAGACUUGUCUGUCACAAAGUGGGGACGUGGGUAUGAAGUCUUGACAACACCCCCCACCCCCCUCCUCCUCAUCUCACAUAAGCACUAAAUUAUUAUUAGAAUGUGUUCCGAUCAACACAUGUGAAAUGUGCCGUGCAUUCGAUCAUAGUCAAUAUGUCAUAAUUUUUAACGGUAAAAGCUCUGUGAUCAGCUUUCUGAAGACACGGGCUGUGAGGGUCGGUGCUGAGUGGUAUCCAAGCAAAUCUGAAGCAUUUGUGCGUUGUUGUUAUUAUUAUUAUUUUUUAUUUUUUUUUAAAUUUUCUGUGUGAAUAUUUUUCUGCGGCAGUCGUCACGGUGAGCCUCUCUUCCUUUUUGGCUAACAAAGUCAUCCAUUAACCAAUCUGGCUACUCGUGAAAUAGUCGUCUAAUAGAAGGCUUUACUGCCCAGUGUUUUAGCUAAUAAGAUACAAGCACAAAAAAAAGGGGGGUGUUUAUCAAUGCAACUGGACUGCUUGAUUGCACGGAGCGCUUCCCAAACCUCUCUGAUCAAAACAUAGUGCCAAAUAUUAUUAUUAUCUCUCUGCACCUCAUUAACUUUCCUCUUUCUCUUGACACCUUAUCCCCCCCUCCGACCCCUAAUCUGCAUAUUGUCCUUUGUCAUCAUUCUUAGGGUGCGUUCACACAUUGUAUUCCGGUCCAGUUUUUUUGUCAAAAAACGUGUUUAAAUAUAUUUUUUCCCACACAAAGCACAUCUCAGUCAACAUGAAUCGGUAAUAAUCGAAGAAGAAGCGAUAAUACAGGGAAAACGUACAUCAUACUAUUAUAAAUACAUAAUUUUGACAUGAUUUGUUCGGCGGUAGUUUUUGUGCGAUACAAAACUUUCGUGGAAAACCGUGGAAUACGUAGACAUGGCUUCUCCUAACUAAGCACUAGCCUGACGACCAGGCUAAAGGCUACAUCGCGACUCUCAAAUAUGUGUGGCCUAUUUAGAGCAUGUGGAAGGUUCUCCAGCUAAAUGAAAUAAUAACUUUUAUUGCAAAUGUUGAUCUGAAGACGUCAAGCUAGGAAUUUUUAGGGGUCAGUUACUUGUGGUUUUUCACCAUUUGGCUGUGGUCCCGGAUAUAAUCCUUAUGAAAAGAAGGGUUAUACUGUACUUUAUGUAAUCGACCAAUCAAUACUCAGCAAGGAUGUUUGCGUGACGUGGUUCCAUAUGCUUAUCGGAUUCCGUGUUUGUUUGUUUUUUUUUUUGUUUUACCGACAAAGAUAGUGAAGAGUAAAUGAAUGAAUUACAGCGGAAUUCAUUCAAGUCGACCGCUUUUUUAUCGUAUUGCGUUUGCAUGUUUGUGUUUAUGUCAAAACCAGUAAAAACAAAAGGAAGAAGGGUGUACUAGAUGUAGUACUACAUGUCCGACGCAGAGUAUAGGAAGAGGCAUAGUUUAUUUAAUCCUACCCGCCCCAUCCAUUUCAUAUCAAUUACAAUGCAUUUGUUCACUUCCUGUAUUCCAAAAUGUACUCAAUUCAAUUCAUAAAGUCAGGUGAAAUUAAUGGCUAUUUUCUGUUGUCGACUAGUUUCUAGCUAGCUAGCUAGUUUCUGAAGUUUCCUCAACUUCCUGUAAUAUGGAAAGAAAAUCUUGGAAAGAUUAUAUUAUCGUUUUAGGAACCAUCGCCUGGUUUUGUGGUAUUUGGUUAAAUCUGGCGUUUUGGUGCGUUGCUGACCAAGUGACCAGAAUCCUGCUUGUCCAAGGGGGUUCUGCCGAUUGUGUUCACACGCGACCCAAUACCGCACCGCCGCACCCAAGUGUGAACACACCCUAAGGUUCCACCCCCCUUCACUUCCCCCCUAGCACAGCACAUUGUGCUCUCUCCCCUUCUUUCUCCUGUCUUGUCUUCUCACGGGGGCGGCGUCGGGCGUCGUUACACGCCGGGUCUUAAGGGUAUGAAAAUAUUUUUUUCCACGCUGCAGUUUGCAAGACAAAAAAAAAAUGCACAGAAAGAAAAAUAAAACUGCCUCCAAAACUGUGACACCCACUCCGACGAGACCAACCAGCAAUGUUAACUCAAAGUGUUCCAUUCAGUCAAUGACAAGAAAUAGUUCGAUUUGAAAUGCUUCAGACCACAAACUGUGGUCUUUAGGUGAUUAUUAUUAUUAUUUUUUUUUUCAAAUAUAGGCAGAUAUGUCUUGAACAAAUAUUCAUAUUUAGGCUAAACAGAGCCUCCAGACAAAAGCGAGCAAAAUUCAGAGUAUGUUGGAAACUUGUUUGUGACCUCAAGCUGAAACAAUGACAUCCUUUAUGCAUAUCCUCUUAUCUGAAAAAUGACUCAUUUCUGUGGAAAUACAAUAUGUCCCGUCAUAUGAUCUAUAUGUACUUUUAAUCGUAGCUAUUCUAGUUUGUAGUCUAAAUGCAGUCCGGCGUUGUCGAUACAAUGUGAAUUAUAUGUUAUACUUGGUGUGGAUGAUGAGAGUGCCAACUAAGCCUGAUUAAGAUUAGCUUUGCAAGAUUUGUUUGUGCAUUACGAUGACUCAUCAAAAAUCAAUAACAGUGGCGUCCACAUUUCUUGUCACUGAUGAUUUAGUUUGACAGUAAGAAAAUGUAAAGAAUAUUGGAAGCAAUAUAGUAGCAUGUUGUCCUGUUUUGUGUUUUAUGUCUGUUGUAUGAACUUUUUGAAGUUACUCCAGUUUUUGAAUGAAUAGGUUUACAUGUACUAUUUUUUUUUUAUAAGUUAUGAAGAUGCUGCUAUUUGAUAAGUAAACUAUACAAAAAUAUUUUAGUUGAAAAAGAUGUCUGGUCGGGUGAUUAGAAAACACGGGGCAUACCAAGAGGUGUAUAGAAUACUACAGUAUUUGGUAAGGUAGUCGAUUCCAUAGUACAACCUGUGCCAAACUAGACCUCUGCAGCUUCUGAAAUUGUAGAUGUGCGAUCAAUUGUUAGAUAUCAAUAACUUGUUUAGAAGUGCUGAUCAAGUGCCAACCAAACACACCGUCUUUUAAGUUAAGAAAAGAUAAUCAAAUACAUUGUGUAAGAAAACAAAAAGGACAAGAAAAACUGUCUGUGCAUUGUUUUAUCCCAUAGGUACAUAGAAUACGAGUAAAAGAUUGUGAUUUUUUUAUGGAUCCAUGUUGUUUUUACACUCCAUGCAUCCCUUGUGUGUUUGUUUGACCUGUGGCUUAAGUACUGCUGUUUUUUCUCACAAAUGUCUCUCUAUAGGCCAGCAUGGACUAAGCAUAACAUGUUAUACGCAUUCAUAACAUAGUCAUUAACAAUCAACAAAUGUGUUUGUGGAGUUAGGUGUUAUCUUUUUGCACGUCUUUCUAAUGCAUGGUAUCAAAAGAAAACCUUUUGGAGGGAAGAGAAAAAAAAAACAAAAAAAAACACACACACAAAAAUCUGCGAGGCGACUCGUAAAAAACAUUCAGAGACAUAAAAACGCUGCAUGCGGUCAGAUGUAAAAGCGCUUACGUUUACUCGCCUCAUGUUUAUCCGGUUGUGUUUUUAAUGCUGUUGAGUUGGAAGGGAGUUCAUUAUUGUCAUGUUGGCCCCCACUCCCCCCACUUCAAAAAAAAAAAAUGGCACUGACACAGCACCCAUGUCUCAGAAAAGAUACUAAGGGUGUAGCGGUUACGACAUCGGAAACGCCGUGAAUGUGUUGUGUUGCGCAGACUAGGGAAAUUAAUGUAAUUCAUUUUUACCGCUUAUCCUCACAAGAGUGGCGGGGGUGCUGGAGCCUAUCCCAGCUUUCUUUGGGCGAGAAGCGGGGUACACCCUGGACUGGUCGCCAGCCCAAUCACAGGGCGGCAAAUUAGUGUAAUACUGAAUAAUAAUUCAUUCAUUUUCUACUGCUUUUUUCCUCACGAGGGUCGCGGGGGUGCUGGAGCCUAUCCCAGCUGUCUUUGGGCGAGAGGCGGGGUACACCCUGGACUGGUCACCAGCCAAUCAUAGGGCGGCAAAUUAGUGUAAUACUGAAUAAUAAUGAAUUAUUCUAUUUCUAUCAAAUGCAAAGGGAUGAUAAAAAAUCUUGGGUUUGUUUUCCCAUCCGUUUCCUUUUUAUUAUUUAUACUAUGAAAUUUGGCAGAUGUCAUUAAUUACUUGCGAGAGUAGUGAUUACAUUAAUUACAUUUUAUUACGUACAGGAAUGUAAUCGCUUUAUUUCUAUUAUGAUCCGACGUCAGAAGGGCUGCAACAAACGAUUAUUUUCCAAGUCAAUUAACCCGAAGCUUGUGAUUAACUUGAAUAAUCAAGUUAUUACAAUUAGUAGUUUGGUACGCAAAAUUAAACCAAAAUUUUUUUUUUUUAUUUUUGGGGAAAAAAUAUUAUUUAAAGAGUAUCAUUUAAUACAUUAAAGCAAUCUUUAAUUAUUUAAUUGUAAUUUAUUUUAAAUUAAAAAAGAUAACAUAAUUGUGAUAAUUGCAAUUGUUUUAAUCAAAUUUUAUUACUAUUAUUAUUAUAUUUGAUUAUUUCUUUUGAUUAUUUCUUCCCCAUAUACACAUAAAAUCACACAUAACUUGAUUAAUCGAGUUAUUAAAAUUUGUGGUUUGGUACGCAAAAUUAAACUAAAAGUAUUCACAUUUGAGUGGCUGAAAUCAGGAUAUUUACAUAGUUAAAAAAUGAGAUUAAUUAAAAAUACCGAAAUAGAUUAAGCAGAAAUUUAGCGGCCUGGCGGUUAUCGUCGGGAAAUCUGGAAGAUGUGGGUUAGUAUCUUGGAGUUUGCAUGCUCUCCCCAUGCGUUGGUUCUCUCUGCCCCCCCCCCCCCCCAUUAAAAACAUGUUAGAUUAAUUAGAAACUAAAUUAAUUGAUAUGAAUGUGAGUGCCCUAUGUUUUGUUAAAGAGUACCCCGCCUUUCGCACAAAGCCAGCAUACCCCCAUGAGCAUACUAAUGAGGAUAAACGGUAUAAAAAAAAAAAGACGGAUUAAUCAUAGAUUAAUUGUUGCAGCUCUAGAUAUCAUUAAUAACCUGCGAGGAUUGAUGGCAUUUUGAUAGCUGGUCCGUUUAUAUAUUUCACCAGGCCUUCUUAUUGGCGUGUGGCGCCAUCAACACUUCCUGUCCCGUGUGGGAAAUCAAGAGCGCUUCUGUACCGAACCGGAAAAUGAGAUUCCGAGUACAUGUACCGUUACACCCUUAGCAGGUUCAGUGAGAACUUUUUCAAAUAUGUGAAACAAGCAAACAUGAAAAUGUAAUUCUUGUUUUGUCCUGUUUUUUUUUGUUUUAUUUUUAAGGAUGUUAAGACAUUUCCAUUUAUCUAACAACCAGGUUGAACCUCAUGUAACCUGUCCGAAAUAUUUUUAUUUUUAUUUUUUUUUAUGUCACAGCUUGAAAGCCUAGAUCUAAUCUAUGAAUGUACACAUUACUGUUUGAAUCCGUCUUUAAUGUCAAAUCAGGGCAGGAAUGUCACAAACAUGUAGAGUUAAUAUCUAUGUCAAUAACAGAUUUCCGAUCUAGUCAGGUAGGCCUUGCAUGGCCAUGAACAUGAAGCAGACAUGUUUAACCCAUAGUUCAAACCCCCACUCUUCAACCAUGAUGUUGUUUGUUUUGCUGUUGCAUAAUUGCACUUUACUGAUCAUUGGGUCACGAUAGGUGUGAGACGAAGCAAACCAUGUUGACUUUUUGUUCUGAUGUCAUUUGUGUUUAUUUAUUUUAUCGAUCCUGUUUUGGCGAACGACGGAAAGGGCUGGCGUCUCGGACAAAAAAAAACAACAAAAAACGGAGAAGCGGCACCUGUUUCUUCUCCUCAAAUUGCGUUCUCCUUCGCAUUCCUUUUCAGCAGACGUUUGUGUCAAUCACUGAGUGCUUUGCGUUUAUCCCAGGAAUUGUUUAUAUCUGGGUUUUUAAUUUGUUUUUGUUUUUUUUAAUUCUGAAAACGCCGCAUCAUUACUACCGAUAUUUCUCCCUGGGGGCUGAUGGCGCUAAGGGAUGCAUGUAACACCCGCAAACGUAAUAACUGCCCACAAACGUAAUACAAAUCUGCAGCUUUGAAUGUAAUAAUCCCACAAAUGUAAUACAUUUCCCACAAACGUAAUAAAAUUUGCCUAUUUGCAAACGUAAUACUGAAUUUCUGAAAAUUAUUACAUAUGUGGGAAAGUGAAAAACUGUAAAUGUAAUAACUUCCCACAAAUGUAAUAUGAGACACAAUAAUGAUCUUUGUGGUUGUUAUUGUUCGUUAUUUCUUCUUUUAAUGAGGGCGAAGGUGUAGAUGUCAUUUUGAGGAUUUUAACAAUAUUUUUUUUUCUUAUUUUUGGGGAAAAAUAUUAUUCAAAGAGUAUAAUUUAAUACAUUAAAGGAAUCUUUAAUUCUUAAAUUAUAAUUUAUCUUAAAUAAAAAAAGAUAACAAUAAUAAUUGUGAUAAUUGCUAUUGUUUUAAAAAAAAUUAUUACUAAUAUUAUUAUAUUUGAUUAUUUUUUUUGAUUAUUUCUUCCCCUUAUACACACAAAAUCACACAUAACUUGAUUAAUCGAGUUAUUACAAUUCGUGGUUUGGUACGCAAAAUUAAACUAAAAAUAUUCACAUUUGAGAGGCUGAAAUCAAGAUAUUUACAGUUAAAAAAUUAAUCAAAUACCAAAAUAGAUUAAUCAGCAAUUUAGCGUCCUGGCGGCUAUCGUCGGAAAAUCUGGAAGAUCGGGGUUAGUAUCUUGGAGUUUGCAUGCUCUCCCCAUGCGUUGGUUUUCUCUGCCCCCCCCCCCCCCCCCACACACACAUUAAAAACAUGUUAGAUUAAUUAGAAACUACAUUUCCUGUGUGGGCAAUUAAAAAUAUUCACAUUUGAGAGGCUGAAACCAGGAUAUUUACAUAGUUUUAAAAAAGAUUAAUCAAAUACCAAAAUAGAUUAAUCAGCAAUUUAGCGGCCUGGCGGUUAUUGUUGGAAGAUCGGGGUUAGUAUCUUGGAGUUUGCAUGCUCUCCCCAUGCGUUGGUUUUCUCUGCCCCCCCCCCCAACCCCACAUUAAAAACAUGUUGGAUUAAUUAGAGACAAAAUUUCCUGUGUGGGAAAUUAAAAAUAUUCACGUUUGAGAGGCUGAAACCAGGAUAUUUACAUAGUUUUUAAAAAGAUUAAUCAAAUACCAAAAUAGAUUAAUCAGCAAUUUAGCGGCCUGGCGAUUAUUGUUGGAAGAUCGGGGUUAGUAUCUUGAGGUUUGCAUGCUAAACUAAACUAAACUAAACUAAAAAAGAUAACAUAAUUGUGAUAAUUGCAAUUGUUUUAAUAACAUUUUAUUACUAUUAUUAUUAUUAUAUUUUAUUAUAUUUUAUUUUUAUUUUAUUUCUUGCUCAUAUACACACAAAAUCACACAUACAAUAAUAUACUGUAACUAAAACGCACAUGUACGCACACAAACAAAAUGUAAUAAUUUCAUAAUUUCAAUUCAGGAAAUUCAGCAUUACGUUUGCAGUGGGCAAAUUUUAUUACGUUUGUGGGAAAUUUAUUACAUUUUGCGGGAUUAUUACAUUCAAAGCUGCAGAUUUGUAUUACGUUUGUGGUUUAUUACGUUUAUGGGCAGUUAUUACGUUUGCGGGUGUAACCGUCACCUUAAAGUUAGAUGACGUGAAUUAUUUUAAUAUCUCAUUCUUUUAGGCCACCCCCCCCCCAACCCCCGCCCCACUUCCAUAUAGGAACGCCAAAUGGAUUACUGUAUCAUUCCAAAAGUAGAUCCGGUUCAUACGUGUUCUGGACAACCAUCAACCGACGUGGAGCCCUUUCACAAUAAGGCUACAGACUGUACUCGCUCGCUCCACUCUCGAAACCUCCGACGGAAUCGCUAAAGCCUUCAUGACUUCGCCGUUUGUCUUUCAAGUCUAACGAUAUCGUUUUCACCCUUUAAAUGGAUCAAAGUAUUUCCGAGAUCGUUCAUCUGAGAAAAGAAGAUUCUUGCCAAACGUUUUUUUUUUUUUUUUUUGUCUUUGACCCUCCUAACCUCCCAUGAACUUGUUGACUUCUUCAUCCUCAAGAACUCACGUAUACGUUCAAUACGCCUAGCCACUUUUUCUAUGUCAAACUGCAAAGAAUGUUGUUUGUUUUCUGAUGCAGGCAAGCUUGCGCACGCCGAAGGACGCGCGCCGGCGACAUCGGGACAGUGGAACCCAGUUUUAAGUCGACGCUGUUGAUGUCGGGAACCCGUCGAUGUUGACCAACUCAAAUCCCGGUGUGUCGUGUUUUUCUUAAGACUAAAAACUGCCCGCUUCUGGACUUUUUUUUGGGUCCUUUUUUGACUACUGUCUAGUUACACGGCAUUGAAAUGCGCACACUGUGACUUCCUGUUCAGUGCAAAGUAAGCUUCAAAAUAAAAGCAUGGCAAUAGUAACCAGGAUUUGAUCACAGCGACGAACAGUCAAGUCGUACAGUCGCCCCUCGCAAUUCCAUGGUCCAAUUAUCGCUCUAUCGCCGUUUCUCAAAAAUGGUUCAUUUUGGUCACCAGGUGGCAGUAAUGACACAAAACAUUAAUGAGAACUUACAUACUCCUCCCAUUCCGUGUGGAAGUGGUACGUUUUUGGCUUUUAGAAGGGAUAAAUUUGAGGCUAGCUGGUUAGCCUGCUCGCUUACUAACUUGUUGUGCAAUAUGAUGUAAACAAUGAAUAAUAGGAAUACAAAAGUGUCGACAGGGGUGCUAUUUCGCAUCUCUAAUAAUGUUUAAAACUGUAUUUCCAAAAUGCUCUAACUCCAAAAAUAUCUUAUUCAAUAACAUUGAAUCCUAUAGGGGUGUUAUUUCAUGUCUGCAGGACUCUAAUAAUGUUAAAAACUGUAUUUGGAAAAUGCUUUAACUCCAAAAAUAUCUUAUUCAUUAACAUUGAAUCCUGUAGGGGUGUUAUUUUAUGUCUGUUGGGCUCUAAUUAGGUUUAAAACUGUAUUUAGAAAAUGCUCUAACCACAAAAAUAUCUUAUUCAUUAACAUUUAAUCCUCUAGGGGUGUUAUUUCAUGUCUGCAGGGCUCUAAUAAUGUGGAAAAACUGUAUUUGGAAAAUGCUCUAACUACAAAAAUAUCUUAUUCAUUAACAUUUAAUCCUAUAGGGGUGUUAUUUUAUGUCUGUAGAGCUCUAAUAAUGUUUAAAACUGUAUUUGGAAAAUGCUCUAACGACAGAAAUAUCUCGUUCAUUAACAUAUAGGGGUGUUAUUUCAUGUCUGUAGGGCUCUAAUAAUGUUAAAAACUGUAUUUUAAAAAUGCUCUAACUACAAAAAUAUCUUAUUCAUUAACAUUGAAUCCUAUAGGGGUUUAUUUCAUGUCUGUAGGGCUCUAAUAAUGUUUAAAACUGUAUUUAGAAAAUGCUCUAAUGACAAAAAUAUCUCAUUCAUUAACAUUGAAUCCUAUAGGGGUGUUAUUUUAUGUCUGGAGUGCUCUAAUAAUGUUUAAAACUGUUUAUUGAAUCCUAUAUCGUGGAAAUCGCAUUUCCAGUCCGAAAGCAGUUAACCGCUAUAAACGAGGGACGACUGUACAACCGAACCCACCCAUUCUCUUUUUAAAAAUCAUGGCGAGUUUGCAUUUCGGUUAUGUCGACAACCGCUUACAUCGACAUGAGGGGCGUCGACUUAAACAGGAGGUUCCACUGUACCUUUUUUUCUUUCUUCAUUUUCUUUUUUUUUUUUUUUACAUGACAUUGUUUACAUCUUCUAGAGAAUAAAAAAUGGACUGACAGCAUACAUGCUAGUAAUCCCGUCGGAAACAAAGUGAUGUUACGUUGAUUGGACGAUUUCUCCCGCACGCUUAGCGGCAACGAAUCCGAGAGCAUUAUUGAAAGCGUCAACAACCUGAAGGGCUUUUGAUGGCCGAAUGUACAUAUCACCUGGAAUGACAAGCGGGGCUGCAAAUGCGAGGACAAUGCCUUGUAGUGCCAUUGUAGAAAAAAAAAAUGUGUGAACGAUUUUUACGGCAAUUUGUUUGUUUGUUUUUUUUUGUCAAGAUGAGUGCCAAAUAAUUCUAUACUGAGCCAAAAGGCCCGUGAGCCUGCAUAGUUAAAUGUUCGUUGACUGAAAUGGUGAAUGGAUCCAUUCCUCUCGACAAACAUCAGCCUGAUUUGAAGUCAUGAGAGUCACUUGUUAUGCUGCCAGUCUGUUUUCCUGUCAAAAAAACGCGAUAUAUUUUAUAGAUGCUGAACUGUUGACGAUAAGACAGUUACUAAGCUGGGAGAAAGGGAGGAUUUUAAAAGUGUCAUUGUUUUAUUAUGAGUUGAUUUUGAACGUUAUCCAUGAAUAGAUUUAACGGUAAUGACUAUUUAAUGUAACUGUAGUAACUGUGUUUGUAAAAGAAAUUCAGUGAGUUGUGUUUUAUGACUCGUGGACUACCAGUGAAGUCAGCAUUUCAGUGUUAAUAAUAAUAAUUGAAUUGUUUUUUAAAGAUUAUUUUUGCGACGGCAACAGAGUCAUUAUAAAUGUUCAUUUUAACAUCA